AUUACAAGAGCGAACCACAAAUUACCCAGAAGAGUUUUAUCCGCUCGGUAGCCAGCUCGCCGUGUCCAAAGAUGUAAGGUCGGCAUCAGGCAUGAUUCGUUUUCCUGGUAGUGCAUGUCUUAUGCCAUCUUUCUCUCAAGACCGAGCAGAGACGGGCGAUGACUAUAAAAGCGACAGUAGAGACCCUCCACCUCGUCCUCUAUAGUACUCGCGAACGCUCGGCCUUGCUUUAUUAUAGAGUACCCUCGGGCGUCUCUUUACCGGAAAGCUGAUCCCACGAACGCUGGCAACAUGAAAGCAACCGCUCUAUUCGCUCUGGUGUCGGCCGUACAGGCCCACUACACCUUCCCGGCGCUUGUUGCCAACGGCGCCGUGACGAACAAGUGGGAGUACGUGAGAAAGACGACCAACUACCAGAGCAAUGGACCAGUGACCGACGUCAGCUCUGAGCAGUUCCGCUGCUACCAGCUCGCCCCUGGGAACGAGGGUGCGAAGACGAUGACUGUGGCGGCCGGCUCUACCGUCGGCUUCACCGCCGACUCGUCCGUCUCGCACCCGGGGACGCUCCAGUUUUACAUGGCCAAGGCGCCGGCAGGCCAGACGGCCGACUCGUGGGACGGCUCGGGCGCGGUGUGGUUCAAGAUCUUCUCGCAGGGCCCUAACAUCGCGCCGAGCGGGCUCACGUGGCCGAGCGAGGGCGCGCAGCAGGUAACGACGACGAUACCGGCCUGCAUCCCGGCCGGCGACUACCUCCUGCGCGUCGAGCACAUCGCCCUGCACGGCGCCAGCAGCCCCGGCGGCGCCCAGUCCUACAUCUCGUGCGCCCAGCUCACCGUCACUGGCGGCGGCACUAAGACCCCGACCAACCUCGUCGCCUUCCCCGGCGCCUAUAAGGCCACCGACCCCGGCCUGCUGAUUAAUAUCUACUACCCCGUCCCUACGUCAUACACCGCCCCCGGACCCGAGGUCUUCACCUGUUAAGUUGCACGCGCGGGAGAACGACGAUGGCCCGGAUGUGGCGGAGAGGGGGGAAGUGCUGACUCAUAGGAAGGAUGUGUGGCAUGUACAUACAUAGACAUAUCACAUGGAAAUGUGCCAAAGACAAACUCAGGUUAUACCUAUGAGCUUAUCUCUUUCAAGUCGUGAGGGUCCUCAGAGCGAUAGUCGUACGUGCCGGUGGUAGUUUAUGACAUGACACGAAAGGCCGGUUAUGUAUAAACCCAACGCAGUUUCGAACCGUCCACCUCUCCGCUGGAAUAACAGGCAGCAGGGGGAGGGAAGAUAGGUCUCAUUUAAAAUGUUUACGAUCACGUCUAGACCGUCUUCUUGGGUGUUUUCACUGGCUGUGCA